UAACUUAUAAACCAUCUGCGUAUCUAUGUCCUAUUUUAAGUGUAAACAAUGAUAGCUUCCUGACAUAAAAUAUCCCGACUGCAGUAUAAUUCCACUGCAGCAGAAAUACUGGGCGUUGAUUAUAUUAUUUGUUUAAUUUGAUCAUUAGUGUUAGGAUUUUACCCGUAGAAUGAACAUCAUGAGUGCGUACCUUAUAUUGUUGUAUAUAACGCGCGGUGGAACAUAUAAGAAUUAUAUAUUAUGAAUUAUUUUCUUUCAGAUGACAUUGCUGUGAUCCGAUUACAAGAGCCUGUAACCUACACAGACUGUCUCCGGCCUAUCUGCCUGGCGAGGAGACCUGUUGAUGUUCUCGUAGACACCAUGUGCCUGGCUUCUGAAUGGGGUCUAGUUCCAACAGGGCAAGUCAACAUCUACAAGCUUCCAAACAAUUUGCAAAAGGUGAAAGUUCCGAUCGUGGACAAAGCCAAGUGUACUCGAACGUACAACAGCUUUAUUGAUCAGAAUAAAAUAUGUGCCGGGUGGCCACAUAACGGGAAAGGAGCCUGCAAGGGUGACUCUGGCGGUCCUCUUGCUUGCGUCAUUGAAAAACGAUGGGUCAUGGUUGGCUGCGCGUCGUUCGGGAGUGGCUCUUGUCCUGUCCCAGAUAAACCCAUAGUUUACAGCUAUCUACCUAACUACUACGACUGGAUCGACAAAGUUCGGAAAAGUUAAACAGUUUAUUUCCGAUGCUUUUACGGAAAUUCACGAACGUUUCAAGCGAGAUAUAUUAACAGAGUUCUUUAAAAAUAUGUUUGUUAAAACUACAAAAUGAAUCUUGUGCUCGUUUUAAAACCCAUCAUUUAUUCUGCCCUGAUGAUAAAGUAAUGAAUAUCUUCAAUAGUUUAACGUGUUCUUUAAAUAACGUUAUUUUAAUAAACAGUAUUUAUUGUAAAACAAUGGUAUGUAAUAAAGAUAUUACCUCCACCCUGUGUUGUUUUGGUUCUG